CGGAACACCGCCCUCUCAGCCUCUCGGCCCCCGGGACCCUCGUGCUCUUCCCGCCUGGCACCUCGCGGGCCCUGCGGCCGCGUGCGCUCCAGGCACUGCUGGAGCAAGGGCCGAGCCCCGAGUGGGCUGUGAGAGCCGCCCCGCGCCCCGCUCUGCGGGAGCACAGCCCAGGCCCCGCCCCAAUACCCCCUGGGGCAGAGUUGCUCCCUGUGGGGAGGGCGCCUGGCUUUGGAGCAGGGUACAGAGCACAAGCCUUGACCGACCUCAAGGGCAGAGCUGCACGGGAGAUGGUCAAGGAGAAGGGGAGGGAACCACCUAGGGACAAGCGCGUUCUUCCUUCACUCCUGGGGUGGGAUCUUCAAGGCCUUUUUCUCCAGGAAGCCCUCCAUGACUAUGUCUUGAGCAUGGAUGCCCAGCUUCUGCUGCAGGCCCUACUAGCUGCUGGGUCUUGAUGCCCUCACCCCUUGGCUGCCUGUCAUGGGUAAAUCACUCUGCAUCUGUUAAAGUGGGAGCCGGAGACCUGGGCCUGGGAGGUGAGAUAAGGUGAUGCAGUCAUCGGCCCCCUUGGAAGGGUUUCUCAGGUGUCCAGACACCGAAGCCAGCCCAGCGUGGGCGCUGAGGCCCCCACCGGAAUCCUCUGAGCCCCGCCCUUUUGGAUUAACAAAACCUGCUAAUUGUGGCAUCCCCUCCCCCACAGCGGGCCUCCUCCCUCCUCUCCCCUCCCCCUUGCAUCCGAAUGAUAAAGGGCCCCAGCCGGGCCCCUGGCCCUUACCUCGCCACUCUGCCCCCUUCCCUGAACGGUCCACCACCCCUGCAUGCAGCCCUGCAGUGACUCCCGCCUGGGGCCCCCCAAGGCAGCGGCGCCCUGCCAGCCCCACAAGAGGAGGAAGAAGAGGUACCUGCGUCAUGACAAGCCCCCAUACACCUACCUGGCCAUGAUUGCCCUGGUGAUCCAGGCCGCACCCUCGCGCAGGCUGAAGCUGGCCCAGAUCAUCCGGCAGGUCCAGGCCGUGUUCCCUUUCUUCAGGGACGACUACGCCGGCUGGAAGGACGUCAUCCGCCACAACCUUUCCUCCAACCGGUGCUUCCGCAAGGUUCCCAAGGACCCUGCGAAGCCGCAGGCCAAGGGCAAUUACUGGGCUGUGGACGUGAGCCUGAUCCCGGCGGAGGCACUGAGGCUGCAGAACACGGCCCUCUGCAGGCGCUGGCAAGACUCGGGCGUGCGAGGCGCCUUCGCCAAGGACCUGGGCCCCUAUGUGCUGCAUGGCCGGCCGUACCAGCCGCCCAGCGAGGGUUUCAGUAUCAAGUCCCUGCUAGGGGUGCCAGCUGACGCAGCAGCCCAACCCCGGCGGGGGCCGCAGGACAGUCCCGCUCCUGCAGGCACGGGGUGCGGUGGGGGGGGGGCACCGCCCACCCCACCCCUGCCCUCCUCUGAGAGGUCCCUGUGGCCUCCCCCCCUCUCCGGGCCCCUGAGAGUGGAGAGGGAGACACCCCAGGGGGGAGCCCUCAGACCCUCGACCCUCUCCCCAGAGUCUGGGGCCUGGCCCCUCCGUUUCCUGCAGGGUACCUCAGAGGCCGGAGGACUCAGGGCCUCACCUUGGGGGCAGCUACCUACUUCUUACUUGCCUGUCUACACCCCCAAUGUGGUGGUGCCCUUGGCCCCACUACCACCCACCUCCUGUCUGCGGUGCCCAGCCUCAGGCAGCCCAGCAUACUGGGGGGUGGCCCCUGAAGCACAGAAUCCCUCGGGUCUGCUCUGGGACCUGGAUGCCCUCUUCCAGGGGGUGCCACCCAAUAAGAGCAUCUACGAUGUGUGGGUCAGCCACCCUCGGGACCUGGCUGCCCCCAGCCCAGGAUGGCUGCUCCCCUGGUACAGCCUGUGAGGCUGGAGGGCAGGGCUCCGUCUCUCCCCC